CUCGGGGUAUCUGCUACUAUCGCUAUAGAUACGCUACGGUUCGUCCGUAAGUAUAGUAGCUUUCGGCCGUUUAGCGACGCGCUAUUCAAGACUGCUAUUAUCUGUAGUAGUAUCGACAGACCGGAUACUACGUAUAUCCUUAAGCGUAUUCUAUAG